AUGCUUCGUGGACGUCCGGCAGGCGACGGUCAGCAGGGCCUUCAUGGACUACGGAGGGCGACAUCGAGGAAUGGGGCGGGAUUCGAACCGUAUGCCAACAACGGCGGGACAGUGGUCGCAGUGGCCGGCCCGGACUACUGCAUCAUCGCAGCGGACUCGCGGUUGAGCGACGGCUACACCAUCUUGAGCCGAAACGUAACCCGCGUCCACCGCCUUUCCGGGGACACUCACCUCGCGACUGCCGGCUGUUGGGCUGACACGCAGGGCUUGCUUCGCUUGCUGGAGUACUUGAUACGUGACUACGAGAUGGAGCAGCGACGGACUAUGGGCACCAAGGCCGUGAGCCGCAUGCUGAGCACGCACCUCUACUAUCGGCGGGGCUUUCCGUUUUACACGUUCAACAUCGUGGGCGGUCUAGACGAGGAAGGCAUCGGAGCCGUGUACGGAUACGAUGCUGUUGGUUCUUUCGAGCGCGUUAGGGUGGCGUGCGCGGGUGGCGGACUUAGCCUUAUGCAACCCGUGCUCGAUCGCCUCGAUGCCGCUGAGGCGGUGACCGGGGCCGGCGGGUGCGGGCGCGCGGGGCGGGAACAGCCCGUGGUGGCUGUAGGGCUGGAGGAAGCGUUGGCGUUAGUUAGGAGGGCGUUCGUGGCGGGAGGGGAGAGAGAUAUCAGCCUCGGGGACGAGGUGGAGAUAGUGGUGGUGACUCGACAGGGCCACCGACGAGAACGGCUCCAGCUCAAGAGCCAUUGA